AUGGAAGGGGUGUUGCGCGCCGCGCUCGCGUGGAAUCCCGGGCUUGACGUCGAGCUCGCCCGGCAGGUGCUUGCGGUUUACGCGGGCGACCUCAACCCGAUGGCGUGCUUCAUCGGCGCGAUCGCCGCGCAGGAGGUGCUGAAGCUCUGCAGCGGUAAAUUUACACCCAUCCACCAGUGGCUAUACUACGACGCCCGAGAGUUGCUGAAAGCUCGGCCCGGCACCCCAGGUGAGUGGAUGGGGGCGCGUUGCGGCCUAUCCAACGGUCGCUACACCGGGCAGGAAAUUGUGCUGGGGGCGGAUUUCCAAUCCUAUGUGCACCAGCAGCGCGCCUUUAUCGUGGGUGCCGGUGCGUUGGGGUGUGAGCAUAUCAAAAAUGUCGCCCUGAUGGGACUUGGUGGCGUGACCAUCACGGACAUGGAUCAAAUCGAGCUGAGCAACCUUUCGCGGCAGUUUCUCUUUCGGAGUCAUCACAUUGGAAACGCCAAGUCCGUUGUCGCGGCGGCCGCCGCGCGUGAGAUCAACCCCGAGCUCAACACGACGUGUUAUGAAGAAAAGAUCGGUCCCGAGACGGAAGGAAUCUUUAACGAGACCUUUUGGAACCUCCAUGCGGUGGUGCUCAACGCACUGGACAACGUGAGCAGCCGCAAGUACGUGGACGGGCGCUGCCUUUUCUACAAGCGACCGUUGUUUGAGAGUGGAACCCUCGGGGCGAAGGGCAAUGUGCAGUGUGUGAUACCGUAUGUAACGGAAAGCUACAGUAGCAGUUACGACCCGCCUGAAAAGUCGAUCCCGCUCUGCACGUUGAAGAACUUCCCAAACGCGAUCGAACACACGAUCCAAUGGGCACGGGAUAAGUUCCACAUGCUCUUCCACACUUCCCCAGGCGACGUCAAUGCGUACUUGAAGGACCCCAAGGCCUUCCAGCAAUCGUUGGAGCUGGACCCCGCAGGUGCCUCGUUGGCGCUCCAUCGCGUUAAUGACACCCUCAGGGAGUGGCCCACCACCCCGGAGCACUGCGUGCGCGCCGCGCGUCUUCUCUACAAUGAAUUUUUCAACGAAGGGUUCAAGCAAUUACUGUACAGUAUCCCCCUUGACAAGCGAAACGAAGAUGGCGGGCUCUUUUGGAGCGGAGCAAAGAAGCCACCAACGCCACAGACGUUUAACCCGGACGACGAACUCGAUGCGCAGUUCGUAUACCACUGCGCCUGGCUUCUCGCCAAGGUGUUCAACCUCCCACCGCUUGAGCUCUCCGCAGGGGAGGUGGCGAAGAGGGCGGCCGCGAUCGAAGUGCCUGACUUCGUACCUCGCCACGCCGUCUUCGCGACCACGGAGAACGAAACUAAAGACGCGUCAACGCAGCCCACGGGGGAAAUAACGAUCCAAGACCUGCCGCCACCCGCGCUUUUCGCCGGAAAGGAGAUGUUCCCGCUGGAGUUCGAGAAAGACGACUCCACUAAUCACCACAUUGACUUUAUUACACACUGCUCAAAUCUCCGUGCGAGGGCGUACGGCAUCCCAGCCGCGGACCUCACGCAGACCAAGCGCAUCGCGGGCAACAUCACGCCUGCAAUGGUGACAACAACCGCGUUGGUGACUGGACUUGUCGGAUUCGAACUACUGAAAUACCUCUACUUUCAAUAUCAACUUGAGAAAUCCUCCGACCAUUCCGGGCCGGCGCCUUCCAUACCCAGACUAAGUCAGGCAAAGGAACUCCUCUCCUAUUACCGCAAUGCCUUUGUGAAUAUCGCGCUGCCCUUUCUCGCGUUCUCGGAUCCUAUCAUUGCGGGGGUCCGGACCUACGCCGUGGAUAAUGAAGGUAAUACCAUUUCCUGGACGAUCUGGGAUCGCAUCGACAUCGACGAAGGAAAGGACAUUCCGAUUGAAACUCUUGUGGGUUUACUGGAGGAACGCUAUCACUUGUCCGUAUUCAUGCUUGCUCUUCCAAGCGGACGCAUUGUCUACACGCAGUUUGGUGGCAAUGCAAAGGACAAAUUGAAGCUGGUCUCACAGAUCGCAAUGGAGAAAGGGGAGUCCCCGCGGGAAGGGGAAGAUUAUCUAAGUUUUGUAGGAACAGGCAUGAUUGGGGAUGAAGAAGACGUUGAUGUCCCCCUUAUACGCUAUAAAUUCCGAGGAUUCUAG